AUGGGCAUGGCUAAUGAUGUGAGUGAGCCAUUAGAGGUAAUUUGUGAAGAGGAAGACCCUGAAGUGAGGGAUGACUAUGCGUGCACACGCCGCUUAAAAGUAGAGACCCCAGAUAUUAUGAGUGUCAAAGAAGACACUGAGGCUGAGCAUGGGGGGUUGAGAAAAGUGACGGUAGAGGAAGGGGGGAAUAAACGUAAAUUGACGAAGGACAGAAAAGGGCCAUCAGAGAGUGAGAAGCCCAAGGUAACCGAGGAAAUUCCCGAGUUACCGGAACACCUCAUAGACUUGUUUGAGCGCUCGUCAAUCAACUUGACCCAACCACAGAGAGUGGAAUUGGCAAAGCUGUUACUUGAAUUCCAACAUGUUUUCUCCAAAGACGAGAAUGAUAUUGGGCAAACCAAUUUAGUUGAGCAUUUAAUCGAUACAGGGGAUGCACUCCCAAUUAAACAAAAUCCACAUAAAGUACCGCUGGCGUAUCAAGAUGAUGAGCGGAAAAGCAUUCAAAAGCUGCUAAAACAAGGGACAAUACGCCCCUCCACCUCUCCUUGGGCUUCCCCGAUUGUUUUAGUCAAGAAAAAGGACGGUACAGUGCGUCCCUGUUGUGACGGGUAA